AAUGAUGACUGGGGUUUUCCUUCCCUCUUUGUGGUUGUGUAUUGACUGUAACGGGGAGCCGCGCCUCCGCCUGGUGGGAUUUGUUUCGGUUCGGCCUCCUUUUCUUUCUUUAGCAGGAGGGGUAAUGGUCAAGUCGAAGGCGCUAGAACUCCUAAAAAAUGUGAGCGCCUGAAGUGGGCUUGGCACAGGCGGGGAUGCGGCCACGGUGUAAAUAGCUCCGGGUAGGCACAGAGGGACUCCAGCGGGUUCCGAAAAAUGUUAGUCCACACCUAUUCAUCCAUGGACCGGCACGAUGGCGUCCCGAGUCACAGCUCGAGGCUCUCCCAGCUGGGUUCGGUGUCCCAAGGACCUUACUCGAGCGCCCCACCGCUGUCCCACACCCCGUCGUCCGACUUCCAGCCACCCUACUUUCCGCCCCCCUACCAGCCGCUGCCCUACCACCAGAGCCAGGACCCCUACUCCCACGUCAACGACCCCUACUCCCUGAACCCCCUGCACCAGCCCCAGCAGCAUCCCUGGGGGCAACGGCAGCGGCAAGAAGUGGGUUCAGAAGCCGGCUCUCUCCUGCCCCAGCCUCGGGCCGCCCUGCCCCAGCUCUCGGGCCUCGACCCCCGGAGGGACUACCACUCGGUCCGCCGGCCGGACGUGCUGCUGCAUUCGGCGCACCACGGCCUGGACGCGGGCAUGGGUGACAGCCUCUCGCUGCACGGCCUCGGCCAUCCCGGCAUGGAAGACGUCCAGUCAGUUGAAGAUGCCAAUAACAGCGGCAUGAAUCUAUUGGACCAGUCUGUCAUAAAAAAAGUUCCGGUUCCUCCCAAAUCUGUGACUUCUCUAAUGAUGAAUAAAGAUGGCUUCCUGGGAGGCAUGUCGGUCAACACCGGCGAGGUGUUUUGCUCAGUCCCCGGCCGCUUGUCUCUGCUCAGUUCAACUUCAAAGUACAAAGUUACGGUGGGGGAAGUUCAGAGACGCCUGUCGCCCCCCGAAUGCCUCAAUGCAUCUCUCCUCGGCGGCGUCCUCAGAAGAGCCAAAUCGAAAAAUGGGGGGAGAUCUUUGCGAGAAAGGCUAGAAAAAAUCGGUUUGAAUUUACCCGCGGGCAGGCGCAAAGCAGCAAAUGUCACGUUACUCACCUCCCUGGUGGAAGGAGAAGCUGUUCACUUAGCUCGGGAUUUUGGGUACAUUUGUGAAACAGAGUUUCCUGCCAAAGCUGUUUCUGAGUAUUUGAACCGGCAGCACACGGACCCCAGUGACCUGCACUCCAGAAAGAAUAUGCUGCUGGCCACCAAGCAACUUUGUAAAGAAUUUACGGAUCUGCUGGCUCAGGACCGGACGCCGAUCGGGAACAGCCGGCCCAGCCCCAUCCUGGAGCCGGGAAUCCAGAGCUGCCUCACGCACUUCAGCCUCAUCACGCACGGCUUCGGCGCCCCGGCCAUUUGCGCCGCGCUCACGGCCCUGCAGAACUAUCUCACCGAGGCGCUCAAAGGCAUGGACAAGAUGUUCUUGAACAACACCACCACUAACAGGCACACGUCUGGGGAAGGCCCAGCUUUGCCCGCAUGGUUUAUGAGCUUCUUCAAAGAGGACUUGGGCUUCCUACACAAUCUAUAAGGUACAGAAAAAAAAAAUCCGAUCCCUUUUUAAUCAAAGCCUGUGUGUCAGAAUUCUGCAGGUGCACUUCUUUAAAGAAGCUCAAAGGGAAUAAUUUAGAAAAAGUGGCCAAUAAGAGAUUGAAGCAGCUUUGAGUCUAGUUGCUAACGGAUACCUCAACACGGAAUUCCGGGGAAGUGGGGAGCUGCAAAAUGAAUUUUAAGGGAGAGGAGUAAGGGUUCUUGGAGCCCAAUAUUUUGACAGUAUUGCCUCACCUUUAAAAUGGAUUUCAUUUCUUUGGACUCUUUGGCGAUUGCUGGAAAGCAGCAGCUUUUCGAGUGGUCAUGGGGAGGAGGAUGGUGCAAACUCCCUGUUUCAGCAACAAUUUCUUUCUUACAAGAUGCUUUAUGAAUGAGGCUUUUUUUCUCCUCCCAGACGUGCACUUGUUUUGGCAAUAAUACUAAAAUAAUGCAAAGUGAAAGGAGAUGUAUUUCAGCUUUGAAUUUUACCAUCUGGAUACACUGGGACUAUUCCCAGUGGAUAAAGUUUCAUGCAUUUAAUAUCUCUCACUUCUGGCAGACUAGCUCCUUUCUUAGGCUUCAUCUGAGCAUUAUCAUGAAGUAAGAUCCAGAACCCAUGCUCCUCAAAGCAGUGGGAACUCCCCAGGGGUAGGACUCGGUGACAUAGGUCUCUAAGUUUAGUGUCGGUACAGUCACCUCUUUAAACAAAGUGGACAUAAGGACCUCUGCAGCAUCCCUUGACAAUAAAGAUCCAGGGGUCAGUUCUUCAGGAUUUACAUUUAGGAUGCACUGGGAUUUUAGGCCUGCAGCCUCAUGGGCCUUGGCCUGGGGAGAAGGUUGUAGGGCUGGGGUUUAGGAAUCUGUUUUGAGCUUUGAGCUGACAUUUUUACGGGGGGGAGGGAGUUAGGGAGCUGGUAUUAGGUCACCAGGAGGGCCCAAGCAGUGGUUGAUGUCAGAUCCCUGCCCAUCCACCGCCAGCUCCUUUGGGGUCCUCUGGGUGUGCAGGGCUCAGUUAUAGAUGAGUCGAAGGAGGACAAAGGCCGGGAACUAGACCUUACCGAGAGUGUAGACACUCCGUCUCUCCCCAGCUUAGAAGCCUGCGCCUUUGUCCGAGGGCCUGGCCACUCGCAUUAGACGUGUUCUGAUUGCCAAAGGCCGGGAGGAACCGCACUGAAAACCAUCGUCUCCUUUCCUUGCAGGGCAACGCGCCCCACGCGUGUGACGUGCGAGAGACGCGAUGGACGCGCCUUGCUCUUACUGUGCAGGUCCCGAGAGCGCGGGGGCCACUCGCGCCCCGCCGUGUUGAGGACAUAGAAUCAGCCGCUGGAGGGGCCGGCGGGCCGCGGGGGCCCUUCCCGCUCUCGGUCUCACCCUAAGGCCUAAGGCGACCGAGAAAGCCCGGCUCUCCAGUAGGUAAUGGGGCGGCGCCCGGCGGGCUGCAGGCGGGUGGGGUCUCAGCGCCGCCUAAGCCCCUUGGUGCCAGCGGCCGCCCCGGGCGCCUGCUC